AUGUUCACGUCUGCUGGUAUGAUACAAGGUCAAGGAUUUUCAGCUAGUAUAACAUUUGUGCUGCGAAACUUGACCCAAGGUUUGUCCAGCAGUCAAGGUCAUGAUGACCAUGUCAAGUCUGCUGUAGUUGAUAAUCUAUAUACUACAGCUGCAGCAUUUUUGACUUCAUUAUCUUUGGUAUCUGCCCUUCCAAUACAAGAAGCUGAGAAUGAGAGGAAUAUACCCCAGUCUGACACGGCUAGAUCAUCAUAUCACUUUCAGCCUUCUACACAUGCAUUUUCAGCACCAGCUGCAUCAACAAACAGCAGAACAAAUAGUAUCUCUAGCUAUGAAAAUAUGCAUACAUCAAACACUACUGCUAUCAACAGGGGUACAAGUGAUUUAAACAAUAAUACUGUUAGGUUACUCACUAGUUUUGGACAAGAUACAAAUGUGGAAAGCGCUUCUGACCUGAAUCAUUUCGUUUUUCAAUCAAACUAUGAUAACAACAACAUUCAGAGUUUAUCAACUUACACCGAAUCCACUAAAAACACAACUAAAAAUAACAGUCCUAAUAAGCUUUUGAGCGAGACUUCAACGAGCAGUUACCUUGAAGAAACAACAAGUUCUGCGGCACUUCUUACAAAAGUUUACAGUAUAAUCAGUAGCACAUCAGUGGUUUCAGACAAUAUCAGGGAGCAUAACUCCAACAUUGUUAUUCAUACUGAUGGUGUUAAUAAAAAUGGUUUUGAUGGUCAGUUUGACACGAUUAAUAUCUGCAAUCAGACAUUUUAUAAUCUAACUUUGGCUCAUGUUGUUAUCCAGUCUCCGGGUUUAGAAACCGGCAUCUACCCAUUGUACAUUCGUUGUGAUGUUGUCAUCGUUGCAGAGCCAGAUACGGUAAUUCAUAUAAUGAUAAUGCUGACUUUUGUUUCUGACCCCAUUGUGGCCAAAUCGGGGUUCCAGCUUCAAAUAGAUAAGAUUGGUAAAGGAGGCUUGGAGGACAUUUACAAGACGUCUGUGUGUGACUCCAUAUUUGACAUUGUUGACAAAGAUGGCAUAGUCGUGACAUCACCAGGCUACCCCCAGAGCCUUUAUCCUCUGGACACCACAUGUGACUUGAAGCUGUUUGCCAGUUCAGCAUCUCAGAAAUUGAAAGUAACAAUUUUGGAUAUGGACAUCGAGUCACAUAGAACAUGUACGUAUGAUUAUCUAAUUAUUUACGACGGUGUAACAACAACGUCCAUGAGCCUCGUCAGAAUGUGCGGAAAUCAGACAGGAUCUGUCAUUACAUCUUCUGGGUCAGCGGUCCAGCUGCAUUUUUUCUCAGAUCAUUUUGUUGCCAAAAAGGGAUUCAAAUUAAAAGUCAGUCCAGAUUUUGACAGUGGAAGUCUAGUUUUGCCAUCCAAUAUCUCUAUACAGUUUGGAAAUUUCACCCUUGAGUACCAUCCAAAAUGCUCUUAUGACUUCCUGGAAUUCUACAAUGUCACUAGAGGCUCUCAAAUUCUGAUUGGCCGAUACUGUGGACAACAGUUUCCAGACACUCUGACAUCAUCAGGAGAUUCAUUGGUUAUCGUAUUUGUGUCAGAUCGUAUAGGAAGAUAUGCAGGGUUCUUGCUGACGUAUACUGUUUAUGAAGUUGCCACAUAUCAGCCAUCGUGUCCAAAUGAAAGGGUUCGCUGUAAAGACAGCCAGUUGUGUGUUCCAAAAGAAUGGCUUUGUGAUUCUGAAAGAGAUUGUCCUCUUGGGGAUGAUGAGGCAGACUGUGUCAACGAGGACAACAUACUUCUGAUCAGAAAGGAAGGACUUUGGUUUCCUGCAUGUGCGAGUGAGCAACUGUUGUCAGAUUCCCAGCUACAAUGGGCCUGCACAGCAACUGGACAAGGAAAGCAAUUAUCUGCCAGAAGUGUGACCGUAUUGUCUCCUUUCUAUGCUAACCUGACGGUUGCACAAAACAACACAACAGUUAACAGUCAACGGGCUUUUGGAGAAAAAGUGGAAAUUCAUAUCAGCCUUGUGAAUUCUCCACAAACAACCACGGCCAGGUUGGGACAUGUCAACAUCCAUUCAACUGACAUUGUAGUCAUCCGUAUUGUGGAAGUGAUCGUGCACCCACAGAACAACUACAUUUAUGAAAAUGAUAUUGGUUUGCUCAGGCUGGAGACAGUAGUUGAGAUCAACACCAAUCAGAGGCCUGUGUGUCUGGAUUCCUUGCCGAGAGACUGGGGUUCGAACACACCUUGUUAUGUUGCUGGCUGGGGUGUUACUGAUAAAUCUAAGAUUUCAAACCCACAAGUGAGUCCCAUCCUACAUCAUGCUAAGAUCAGCAUCUGGGAGCAGUCAAAGUGUGAACUGUCGUACCCAGGAAAGAUCAAGCAGUCGAUGCUGUGUGCAGGGUUUCAGAACGGAGAGAUGGAUGCCUGCAAGGGUGAUAGUGGAGGGCCUCUAAUGUGUGCCACACAGUUCCACAAGUGGCAGCUGGUUGGUGUGGUUAGUUGGGGGGAGGGAUGCGGGGUUAUUGGAAAGCCAGGUGUCUAUACCCGUGUGGACUCCUUCCUUGACUGGAUCAAAUUCACCACUGAUGAGCAAGUAAACUAUGGAGUAUCGUGUAACUUUGAAUACCCAAAUGUUUGUGGCUACAUUGGCCAAUCAGACAGUGAGUUUCUGUGGACUAGAAGAAUGGGUGGAGCCAACUACCCUGAUAGACCUUACACAGACAAUACAUUCAAGAAUGCAUCAGGCCACUAUAUGUAUACAUAUGUUCCAUAUGGUGCAAAGUUCAAGACAGCAAUGUUAACAUCCCCGCGGGUGGGCCAAGCACAAACUAGGUACUGUUUGCAAGCCAGUGUC